AUGAGCAAGUCAAAUGUUCUUCGUGUUGCAACGUUUAAUAUUCGGUACGAUUCUAGCCGCGGUUUAACCGCUUCGUCUUUGGAGAGAACUAUGGACGCUUCUGGUGAGAUGCCAUGGAAUAAUAGAAAAAGAAAAGUUGUUGAUACCAUAUUAUUUCAUAGGGUUGAUAUUGUUGGCAUGCAGGAAGUUCUUAAAAACCAACUUAUGGAUCUUGAGGCUUUAUUAGGUCAAGAAUGGCGCUGGCUUGGGGUGGGCCGUGAUGAUGGGAAAGAAGCAGGAGAAUUCGUCCCAAUAUUUUAUAAUAAACUUAAUUCAAAUGUUACUUUACAGACACCCGAUGUUCCCGGUAGUAAAGGUUGGGACGCUGACUUGCCUCAAAGUGCAAAACUUAUAUUACGAAACUCACAAGAUUUAUUAAUGUCUCCUGAUAUAGUUUUUCUGACUGGUGAUUUCAAUUGUGAAGAAUAUGAUGAACCUUAUAAAUUACUUACUGGAAAGAAAUACGCAAAUAAUAACGAUAAAUCACAAUCAGAUAAUACUAAUUUGGCUUCAAUGCCAUUCGGUGAUACUCGAUAUGAGAUCAGUAACAAAUCUAUUGAAACAUCUUAUGGUUUCUCCAAUACCUUUACAGGCUUCUCAUCAAGCAUUAAACCAGUCAGGAUUGACUUCAUAAUGGUUAAUAAUAAUAGUUUGGAGGCACAAAAUGUUAAAGUUUUAAACCAUGGAACAAUGCCUAAUCUAUACGAUGAUAAUAUGUAUAUCAGCGAUCAUCGACCAGUUGUUGCUGAUUUGAGAAGAUCACGAAUCUAUUCUCUUGUUCGUGAAGGUUAUCCUUCCCGUUACGUUGCAAAAAAAGAAGGUGUGUCGCAAUCGUCGGUUGUUCGAAUAACCCAAAAAGCAGCAAAAACAGGGUCUGUAAAAGAUUUACCAAAAUCAGGGCGCCCACGGGUGUUUACAGAGUGA